AUUGACGGGAGGCAUGCAAGAAAUACUAAUGCAUGUAGUAGUAGAAGAUAAUUAGCGUAGGUUCUUGCACUACUAUCUCACUUUAAAAACCCCAAACACCCCAAAGUGUCACAAAUGAUGUGCUCACACACACAUUAGCUUUUCUUGUAUUGUAAUUCAUUGAUAAGUGAGGUUAAAGACGAACAUUUUACCUGGCUUCAUGCAAACUACACACACUUGUUUUUUUGCAUCACAAAUGUGCCAAAUCAUUGCAUGCAGGGUUCCACCAAAUGCCACUUGGUGCUAUGUUUGUUAUAUUUCUGCAGCAGUUUGAGGAUAGUACAUUUGAAAUGGCUGACAGGUGCAGCAGCUUACCUCGGUCUGUCUGUCUGUCUGCAGCAAACUGGCUGCUGGAUCAGGUGGAUUCGACAAGUGUUGUUGUAUUUUGGAUUCGUGCAAACUUUAACAGUAAGCGCUCCUGUGCAACCGAACGUGUCAUGUCGCUCGGUUCUUUUUUUUUAAGUUGGGCAGAUUGGCACCAAUUAACUAGAGGAAGGAAGUAAUUAAAGGAAUCAGAUGGGUAUCGCAGUUGGAUAGAGGUGCUCUCCUCGGCUGCGUGAAGGGAGGCGGAAGAGGGGGAGAUUGAACGGGCUCGUAGCGCCCUCUGCCGGGCACAGUGCUGCAGGGAAAAGCCUGGACUCCAGCCAGAUAGGUGUAGGGUCAAAGACAGAUCAAGGCCCUCAACAGGGGCAUAGCCACAGUCAAGGAGGAUGCGGUUGAAAUGCUGGCCAGCUACGGCCUGGCCUACUCCCUGAUGAAGUUCUUCACCGGGCCCAUGAGCGACUUCAAGAAUGUGGGCUUGGUGUUUGUCAACAGCAAGAGGGACCGGAGGAAGGCGGUGCUCUGCAUGGCGACGGCCGGGGCCAUCGCGUUCGUGCUUCACAUCUUGAUAGCUUACACAGAUUUAGGAUACUACAUCAUUAAUAAGCUCCACCAUGUGGAUGAAUCUGUGGGGCAGAAGACAAGAAAGGCUUUCUUGUACCUGGCUGCAUUCCCUGUGCUGGAUGCCAUGGCGUGGAUCCAUGCAGGCAUACUUCUCAAGCACAAGUACAGCGUCAUAGUGGGAUCAGCCUCCAUCUCUGAUGUUGUGGCUCAGAUCGUGUUCGUGGCCAUUCUGCUCCACAGUAACCUGGAAUGUGUGGAGCCUCUACUCAUCCCAAUCCUUUCCUUGUAUAUGGGUGCCUUUGUCCGUUUCAGCAUAGUCGGUCUGGGUUACUACUGCAACAUUCACGACAGCAUCCCAGACUCCAGUGGACUGGAUGUGGGAGGAGAUGCCACUAUCAAGAAGAUGCUGAGUUUCUGGUGGCCCCUGGCCCUCAUCCUAGCCACACAGCGCAUCAGCAGACCCAUCGUCAACCUCUUUGUUUCUCGCGACCUCAAGGGGACCUCUGAUGCUACUGAGGCCGUGGCCGUCCUCACAGCCACAUAUCCUGUGGGUCACAUGCCGUAUGGCUGGUUGACUGAGCUCAGAGCAGUGUACCCUGCUUUUGACAAGAACAAUCCAAGCAACAAGCUGAUCAUUGGCACCUCUGUCAACAAGUCGCAUAUCAAAAAGUUUACAUCCUGCUGCCUGGCUCUAUCGCUCACGCUUUGCUUUGUGGUGUUUUGGACGCCUCACGUAUCAGAGAAGAUCCUGGUUGAUAUCAUCGGGGUGGAGUAUGCGUUCGCCGAGCUGUGUGUGGUCCCGCUCCGAAUUUUCUCCUUUUUUCCUCUGCCAGUGACUGUUCGGGCUCAUUUGACUGGAUGGCUCAUGACCCUGAAAAAGACCUUUGUGCUGGCCCCCAGCUCGGUUCUCCGCAUCAUUGUCCUCAUCACCAGUCUAGUUGUGUUGCCUUAUAUGGGGGUUCAUGGGGCCACUCUUGGGGUUGGGUCCCUGCUGGCCGGCUUCAUAGGGGAGUCGACAAUGGUUGCCAUAGCAGCCUGCUAUGUUUAUCGACAACAGAAGAACAGUGAGAUGUCAAACGAGCUGGUGGUGGAGGGCGAGGACGCAGCCCCGAUGAGCGAGGUGUGCUCCAGGACUCAGAUGGACGCCAUCGAGGAGCUUCAGGAGGAAGAGGAGCAGGAGUGAGCUCUGACAAGAGGGAGGGAGGGUUCAAACCAACCUCCAUGUGGAACUUUAGCUGAAGAGGAGAGCGUCGAUUGUUGCAGUGCAAAGAGGAGAGAGGACCUGAGGAUGGUUUUGGUUUCUCCUGACGGACUAAACUUUUGGAUAAGAGUGAAGAGGUCCUCUUCUGGACCUGCACGUCAUUCAAACGCACACUGUAAAGAAAGCCAUGCACCUCCAAGUGUUCAUUCAUCAGUGUAAAUAACUCUGUCUUCCGACCUUCAACACAUCAGCGGCUGUAUUAACCUCUGUCGUGUGUCUACUGGUAAACAAGGGAAAAAAACGACACAGGAGAACUUUUCCUCCUCCGCAGCAUCAAGAACGAAACAUCUGUCGAGUGGUAGUGGAGUUGCCAAAAUACAGAGUUUUAUCAUUUUAUGUUAUUUUAUCGAGAUUAAGCAGCAAGGCCUUGCUUGAAUUCAAAUAUAGACAUGUUGUGGGACUUGUUGGGUUGUGCAAUCGUAUUUUACAUACAAUGGUGUACAGAUUAUUGUUGUUUUAUAUAGGUAAUGCAAUGUGUAUAUUUAAUGCCCAGAGGGGUCGGGAAUCCCUCGAUAUAUCAUCGCGUGUUACAGAAAACUGGUCUGAUCGUUCACUUUCCAUGCAGUCUGGAAGUCCAUCUACUUCUGUUUUGCCAAGCAUUUUCCUGGUAGUAUUCAGACUGUCCUACGUACUGUAUAUAAUGUAUAGGCAUUCUUAUUUGGCAAAUAAAUUGCUUUAUUAUUAUUAA